GUACAUAAAGGCAGCAGAAGACCGCCUUAGCAGGCUUCUCGACAUUCCCUUAGUAUGUUUGUCAUGUUUGCUAGUCAAGCGAGUGUUCCUCACUUGUGUCUUUCCCUGCGGGAUUAAAAGUGGCAAACAUUCUUUUUAUUUUGCACCGACAUCAUGAACUUGCUUCUAUUCUUUCUUCUGGCCGUGAAAAUGCACAGCGUGGCGUCUGUGAUUCACUCGCUGAAGUAUUUCCAAGCUGCGUCCUCUCAAGUUCCAAACUUCCCAGAGUAUGUGAGUGUUGGUUAUGUUGAUGAAGUUCAGAUUGUUCACUAUGACAGCAACAGCAAGAAAGUAGAAGCCAGACAGGACUGGAUGAACAAAAUCACAGCAGAGGAUCCACAUUACUGGCAGACAGAGACAGAGAUCAGUGUUGUUAGUGAGCAGGUCUACAAAAACAACAUUGAAAUUCUUAAGGAGCUUUUCAACCAAACUGGAGGUGUUCACAUUUACCAGUGGAUGGGUGGAUGUGAGUGGGAUGAUGAGACGGAUGAGGUUAAUGGUUGGGAUCAGCGAGGUUAUGAUGGCGAAGACUUCAUAUCGUUGGAUAUGAAGACAUGGACAUAUACCGCAGCAAAACAACAAGCUUUUCCCACCAAACUCAAAUGGGACCAUAACAAACUUCAACUAGACUCCCAAAAGUAUUACUACACUGAGCAUUGUCCUUUUUACUUGAAGAAGUAUGUGAACCACGGGAGGGACGUCCUAAUGAGAACAGAGCUUCCAAAGGUGUACCUCCUCCAGAAGACGUCGUCCUCUCCGGUUAGCUGCUUGGCGACAGGUUUCUACCCCGACAGAGCCGACCUGUUUUGGAGGAAAGACGGCGAAGAGCUCCACGUGGACGUGGAGCACGGAGAGAUUCUCCCAAACCACGAUGGAACCUUCCAGAUGUCGUCGAACCUGAAAGUGGAGGUGACGCCCGAUGUGGAAGGCAAGUACGAAUGUGUGUUUCAGCUGUCUGGCGCGGAAGAGGACAUAGUCACCAAGCUGGAGAGAAGAAGCAUCCUGAGCAACGCAAGCCGCAAAGACAACUUGAGCGUCGCUGUCACUGCCACAGUCCUGGCCGUUGCGGUCCUCCUGGUGGCCAUCAUCAUCGUCAUUGUCAAGCGUUUCAGAAACAGGCAAGCCCAUUACCAUCCAGCUGGUUGUCCGACAGCUGGCGACGGGGGUACCGAGCUCUCAGAGAGGAUGACAGCUGAAGGCCGAGUGAGACACAGCAGCCGACACACUGUGAGUUAGCCGGUUGCACCUCCAAAUGUUCUUGGGACGUUGUGUGAAGAUGAUCUUCAACUUGGAUUCAUGUGCUUUUGUUGGGAAUGUGCUGUCAUCUUCUUCCAUCUCUGAGCAAUGUUCAAUGAUGUCUCCUUUGUGGCUUAGAAAACCUGUUACGAUUUUGCUGUUUCAGGUUGAUUUUGCUCUUUGUGUGCAUGUAGUUGCUAUGAAAUCAUUCAGGGCUCGCGUUUCAUCACCUUGACAUCAUGACAAGGAUUUCUUCUUUCCUUGGAUGCAAACCAGUAGAUCAAUGCAAUCAAUGCUGCUUAUGAUGAAUGUCACAUGGUGUCACACCUCUUUCAAUAAAUCACUUUGUUCAAUC